AUGGUUUCACCAAGUACGAGAAGCACGCGAUCGAGAUAUUCUAGUCCACGCCAAAUACCAUCCGGCUCUGUUGAUCCGAUCAGGGGGCAACGUAGUGCUAGCGCGAGUGGGAGUGGGAGCGGUGGGAGUGGUGGCAGCGCCAACGCCAGCAGCAGUGGCAGCGGCAGCGGCGGAAAGAGCAAAGGGAACGGAGGUGGAAGCGGCAACAGCAAGAGCUCGGGAACAGAGGGCCAAAAGACGUUCAUGGAUCGCUGGUUGGAACCACCCGUGCAGAACAAGCCCAGCUUUGCCGACGCCGGGUUGGUACGCCACGGCGUUGUCGAAGGAAUGGCGCCCUUGGGGACCAUGCCCAAGGCGGGCUUCUUCAAGAAGGCUACACCUGCACCACCACCGCCCGAGCCGAAGCCUUUCAAGACGACGAGAAUCGUGAUCAAGCGGCCUCUAGCGCCCCCAGCGCCCGCACCGGUACCCGCAGCAACUACUCCGGCACCCGAGGAGGACGAAACGGAAGAUGAAGAAGAGAGUGGAAACGGCAGCAUCAUGACGGGCGCAGAUGAGACGGGAUCGGAGAGCAUGACCCCUGGCCCUAUUUUCUCGGCUUCGACGCGCCGUCCUCUGCCCAUCUCUCAAACUUUAGCCAUCUCACACGGGCUCAUCGUGGAUCCUCGGACGCAGAUGCUGGACACAGUGAUAGAAAGGGCGGUGGAAGAGGCUGUGGCGCAUCAUCGGUAUCCUACGGCGUACGCCCUCAAGACGCUCUACGAUGACCCCAGGUUCCGGGUUGUUGCGGAGAAGGUUUUCACGCAGACUGCAGAUGCCGGGAUACUCAAAGAAUUUGCAGAGAUGCUCCAUCAAAAGAAGAAGGAAGCAAAAAGGAAAAACAUGGGCUUGAAUUAUUUUGAGAAUAUGACGGCCAUGGGCCAGACGCCGCCCCAGCCCCAGCGGGCCUCUUACGGCCAUCUUGUCAAGUUUGACAUUUCCGCCGUGCGACGCUAUCGUGAUGCGGUUGAGCAGCAAAGAGCUGGAUCCGGUGAUGUUAAGCAAGAAGAGGAAGCCAGUCAUGAAGGCGCUCCGGAGCGGGUCCGUGAGCUCCAGCAACAGUCUUCUGUUGUCCAGCAACAAUCGUUGCACCAGCACAAUCAGCAGGAUCUCCAAUACCGCCAGCGGCUCCAACUCCAGCAGGAGCAACGGCAGCCUCAGCACUACCAGCCAACAUACCCUGAACCUGGUCCGCACCCCAAACCCAACCCUGAACAAGGACCUCAGCCAGAACAGCCAGUGACAAGACCCGAACCCGAAUUGGCACCCACAUCUGAGCCUGCUCUUGAACAGCUUCCGCUCGACCCUCAACUUCUUAAUCCUCCACACCAACAAUCACCAUUAUCUCCACAACCACCAUCACCACCACAACACAAACAAAAACAACAAGCACCUCAGCCGGAGUUGGUUUCUAACCCCGUGCCAAGGAUUUCAUUCAGAGGAGGCAAACUUGACAAGGAAGAGCAAGAGUACGAAGAUCAGCAAUCUCAUUCUGACCCACCUCUCGAUCUUUCCUCAUCUCACCUGGAGCAGGACCCGGAAGAAGAAGGGGAGAAGGAGCAGGAGCUAUUGCUGGAUUCGAAGACGUCUGCUACAAAACCUGCGCUUGCACUCGCGACUGUACUCGCGCCUGCAUCACCGGAACCGGAACAGGAGCAGCGUCCGCCAGACCAUGAGCAGGAAGCUGAGGGUGGAAUCCGAGAAGUUCAUGUCCGCAAGAAGCACAAAUCACCAAAGAAACCUGAAUCAGCAAAGGCAAAGAUGGUCGUCAACGGGGUGAAUGGAACGGCCAACUCCAUCUCAAGCUCGUCGUCGUUGUCGAGCGCACGAUCGCUCUCACCACCGGCAGACGAGUACGAUGGAGACGGGCUGGGGACGAGCUUUGCCAUCUCGGCCACAUCCUCUCGUGCCAGCCCCGCGCCCAUCGUUUCUCCUCCCGCCGCCGCGGUCGAUUAUGCUGCGAGUGGAGCUGACAAUGGUGUCAAGGGCGGCAAUCAUGAUGCUGCUGCGCCACGCCCAAUCACGGUUCGUCGCCGCAUCAACGUGAGGAGGAAGGGGAACGUGUCACCUGCUCUCCCAUCACCGGCGUCACCCACGGGUAGGCAGAGCGAUUCGCUGGAUCCCGCUAUUGGACGUCCAUACGAAAUGCCUGCCGUCGUCGACGCGCCUUUGUUCCCCAAUCUGAACUCAAAGAAAGGCUCAAAGUCGGGUGUUCAAGGUGUUGUUUUUCCUAGCAAGGUUGGGCGGAUUGACGAGAACGACCCCAAGUAUCGCCUGCGACAGAGCGCCAAAAAGAUUACGGCCAACUACAACAAGCCGUUCCCCGAGAGCUUUACCAGAGAAUCGUAUCCCUCGGAGGAACCUUCUGUGGAGGUGGAAGAGAUGCUGCAGUCGUCACCUACGGCGGCUGCUUUCCCUGCAUCGGACGUUGCGUCGACGGCAGCGAACUCGAGAGCAGGGACACCUGUGCUGCGACCGGCGAAGAAGCCAAGGACGGGCUUGAGGGUUAAGAACUCGCUGUCGUCGCUAACCGCUUAUCAUGAGGUUCUCCAGGACGACAAUGAUGAUUAUUGCUCAUCAUGUGGUGGUAACGGUCAGCUCAUCUGCUGCGAUGGUUGCACCCGGUCUUUCCACUUCAGUUGCGUGGAUCCGCCGCUGAUGCAAGGUGCUAUGCCCGACGAGUGGUUCUGCAAUGUCUGUCGCACCGCUCACAAACCUCCGGUCUUUCCGGUAUAUAGCGGCCCUUUCGCGUCGUUGAUGGAGAAGCUGGAUGCCAAGAACUCGAGCGCAUUCGCCCUUCCGCUUGAUGUGCGUGAGUAUUUCGAGGCCGUUCGCACCGGUCAGGAUGGAGAGUAUGAGGAGAUUGUGCCUCUGGUCAAACCACCGGCUAAGAAAAAGAACGACGAGGAGUCCGGACCCGACUUUUUCAGGUUACGUGAUGAUAAGGGAGAUCCGGCAGUAUGCCAUCUCUGCCAAGGGGGAGCCUCCGCCCGCACCAGAGCCAUUAUCCCGUGCAGUCUAUGUGGCCUCUUCUGGCACUUGGAUUGUCUUGAUCCGCCUCUGGCCAACCCGCCUGUUCUCCGAACGUGGAAGUGUCCUUGCCACGUUGAUGAUUUGCUCGCCAAGGUGCCAGGUCAGCUGGCGCCGGCUCACAAGUUCCGCAAGAUCAAGGGCGCCUCAGUAAUCAGGCCAGCUUACAGUCGCGCUUACAUCAACAAUGGCUACAUCGAAGUCGAACCCGAGGAUAGCGAUGACGAGAGUGGCUGGAAGAACGUCGAGACCUAUGGCAAGGUUGUAAGACUGCCUGCCAAGGGCAUCAAGCUCGAUUUCCUAUCACGCGUUCGUGAAAAUCGCAAGGGCAAACCUAUCCCACCUCUCAAUAUUCCUCAGGCUACCGGUACUGGGGCUUCGGUUGGGUCAUCUCUCCUCAACAAGCGGAGCUUGGAAGAACAGCAAGCGGUCUACAAUCUGGCUGCGCUGAGCGGACAAGGCACAAGUGGCGUUAAUAUCCUGGUUGAUGCCUUGUUGGCCCAAGCUGACCCUUCGGUCAUUUCGCUGAUGGCGAGCGGCAACUCUGAUCACUUGGCCGCUGGUAAACUGAACCAUAUGGACCAACAGAGUUUGCGUGCUAUGCUUGCCCAAAUGGAGAAGAUGACAAAUCAGAUCAAGAGCAUGCUGGAGCCCGUCACUCCCGUGGCUGCUUCUCAGGAUCAGUUGGUCUCAUCCAAAGUCCCGAGCCUGACGAACUCAUCUCAGUCCAUCACGGACGGGGAAUCGGAGAAGACAGUCCGCGAUCUUAUGACGACGCCAACGGUGAAAAAGGAACUGCCCCCCUCGCCGGCCGCGACCGAUGAUGUCGCUACCGCGAAGCACACCAAGGAGCCAGGGCCUCCCAGGAGGAAAAAGCGGAACAGCAACGGAAGGAAGAGCGCAGACAGUGAUACGGCGGUACUCCAGAACGGUGAUAUGGAUGUGGACGCAUGA